AUGCCCGCCAAGGCGUUUGAUCAAUGGCUUUUCACCGAGGCGGAGCUUAAGGCUACCCCUUCCAUUUUAGAAGGCCUUUCACCCGAGGAGGAACGUACUCGCAGAGCGAAAGGAGUUUCUUUCAUGUCAUCAAUUGGAAACAUGCUACAUGUUCCCAUGACGACUGAGAUUGCUGCGACAGCCCUUUUCCUGGCAACUAAAACCGAAGAGACCAUACGCGGAACCAAGCCCUUCAUUUUUGCCUGUAUUAAGGUUGCUCAGAAGAACCCGAAGCUCGAAGUAGAUGCUAGCUCUAAAGAAUACUGGCGAUGGCGUGAUAGUAUUCUUAUGUAUGAGGAACUCAUGCUGGAGUUAUUAUGUUUCGACCUUUCUGCGCCAUCUCCGCUGAAAUAUCUCGUGAAUUUCUUUGAGGAACUAACAGCUGUCGGCAUCGACUCUGUAAUAAUCAAAGAACUCCGGAAUUAUACCUGGGCAUUAAUCUGCGAUACACAUCAUUCGAUAUUAGGUCUCAUGACAACUCCCCGGAUUAUUGCCAUCACAACUCUUCUGUUGGCCGCCACUGCUAAGAAAUGCGAAAUCCCUCAGAUAAAUGGCAAAGAUUGGUGGGAGCAUCUCGGUGGUAGUGAACCUAGGAUUGUGGAAGCUGGGCUGUUUUUGCAUAAAUUUCUAAGCAACAGCCCCUUUCAGUUCACAGAUCAAGACCAGCCAGGAAGUGCGGCUGCCAAAUAUCUUCAUGCUUCUAGUGGGAAAGAGGAACACAGUAGUGAUGACGCUGCCGCAAACUCGGAGCAGACUCAGAGCCAAAAUGGAAAUGGCCAUGUUCAUGAAAAUGGAACAAAUGGAUCGGAUAGCAACUCUCAACCAGAUCCUGAACUCCAUAACGACCAGCCCAGCGAAAAGGCCGAGAAUAGUCAGUCAGAGAGUAAACCACGCACUUCUUCAACAAGUGAUGAUACUCGGCCUUCGCCCACUUCAUUAUCAGAAGAUAAGCCCGACGAUAGCAUGGUCUCCGGGACGGAUGAUGCUCCUCUAAAGGCGGCCGCUAAUGAUCUUUCAAGCCACCAUCAAAUCAGAUCUGCAAACGAUGUCUUGUCAAAUAUCGAUUCCGACACCAAAUCUAGUCCAAAACGCAAGGCAGAUGAGCAGAUAGAAGAGGCACCACUAGCAAAGCGAGCAAAGAGAGAAGACACUAGUUUUGAAGCCGCCCAGGAUGACCCUGAACCUUCACAUGAGGGGAAAGCACUGUCGGAAGAUGGCCAAGGAUCGGUUCAAGUUGACAAAGAUCAUGCAACGAAAGAUCAUGAUUCUGAUUCAGAAAUCGACUCCGAGACGGUUCUUGCCAAACCCGAGGCUGGAGUUAGCGCGGAGGAGAAGCAUGAAGAAAGGGGGUUAGAGCAACAAUGA